AUGCCGCCCCCGCCGAUGAUGUUCCCGGGCCUCUUCGGGAUGCCAAUGCCUACUUUCUCCUAUCCCUUACCGGCAGGCCCGGGCGUCGAAGGCUCGGCAACAGCCUGGAUGUUCGGCGGGGCUAGCAUGCGCAGCCGGGCGGGCCCCGGCGCGGGCCCUACUUCUACCGGAAGACCUCCGGCUAACCCCAGCGGAUCUGCCCAUCCUAGCCGCACUCACUCGUCUAGAUCUACCACCAACCCUUCCACUCGUCGCGUUCCCGCCACCGCCGCCCAGCCACGCAACUCGCACAGGACCACAACUCCACAGGCACCCGCCGCGCGUUCUAAUCAAGCCGGCCUGUUCGGACCGGACUUCAAGUUCGGCAAAAUGUUCGAUUAA